CUACCGAUGCUCCUUCUCGGGGUUGCUGUUGGUCAGUCCGAUGAUCCGUCUUACCUCGGGUGCUUCUCGGACCCUGCUGACAGCCGUGUCUUCGACACCCAGUAUUCCGACUCCGCCAUGACCGCAGCGGUCUGCUCCGUGCUCUGCGCCAGCUCGGCCUUCUAUGGCACCCAGUACUCUUCCGAGUGCUGGUGCGGCGACAACGUCGACUACGACGCCAACGGCGAAGGAGUCUGCGACAUGGCCUGCUCGGGCGACUCCAGCCAGACCUGCGGAGGCUUCUACGCCAUGAGUGUCUACGAGAACCCCGACGACUCCGGCUACCUCGGCUGCUACUCCGAUCCAGCCGACAGCCGCAUCUUCGAGUUGGUGGCUACCUCUGACGACAUGACCUCGGAGAUCUGCUUGGGGAACUGCGGCGCCUACCAGUACUACGGGACUCAGUAUUCGACGCAGUGCUGGUGCGGCGACAACGCCGACUACGACGCCAACGGUGCCGGCGAGUGCGACAUGGCCUGCUCGGGCGACGCCAGCGAGAUCUGCGGAGGCUUCUACACCAUGAGCGUCUACGAGAACGUAGAUCCUGUGGACCCCUCGUACCUUGGCUGCUACUCCGACCCGGCCGACAGCCGCAUCUUCGAGUUGGUGGCUACCUCUGACGACAUGACCUCGGAGAUCUGCUUGGGGAACUGCGGCGCCUACCAGUACUACGGGACUCAGUACUCGACGCAGUGCUGGUGUGGUGACAACGCCGACUACGAUGCCAACGGUGCCGGCGAGUGCGACAUGGACUGCUCGGGCGACUCCAGCGAGAUCUGCGGAGGCUUCUACAGCAUGAGUGUCUACGAGAACGACGUAGAUCCCGUGGACCUCUCGUACCGUGGCUGCUACUCCGACCCGGCGGACAGCCGUAUCUUCGUUGAGGCAGGCUCCUCUGACGGCAUGACCGCUGAGUUCUGCGCGACGCUAUGCUCCGACUAUGCCUUCUACGGAACACAGUACUCUACACAGUGCUGGUGCGGCGACCUCAACGCCCGAUACUCCGAGAACGGCGAGGGAGUCUGCGACAUGCCCUGCUCGGGCGACUCCGAAGAGACCUGCGGAGGGUACUACAGCAUGAGUGUCUACGCCCACGACCCCGCGUACCUUGGAUGCUUCCAAGACUCCGCCGGCCGAAUCAUGUACUACUCUUAUGAAUCUGACAGCAUGACCGCUGAUGCCUGCGCCGCGGUAUGCAGCGAGCCCUACUAUGGAACCCAGUUCUCUCGAGAGACAGUGCUGGUGCGGCGUAAUCGACGGCUACGAUGACAACGGUUUCCAGACCUGCGACAUGCCCUGCACGGGCGACUCCGACGAGAUCUGCGGCGGCUCUUACAUCAUGUCGGUGUACCAAUCCAUCUAACUGGCCGUCCACACGGUUGCCUCAUGAAGUGACCAUCGCUUUUUCGGCAGACACGCCGCCGACCUGGGCGUGUUACCCUAAACCUGGUGGCCACACGAACGAAGUGAUCGUCAGUCGUGAUCCUCGACGCACGUGACAAAGCUAUGUCAUUGGGCGCAUAGAUUUAUGCGUUCCUAAACAUCGACAAGGACUACAAACGCACCGCACCAAUGGGAGUAGGGGGACAGGUUUCCAAAGAUAUAUGUGAAACGUACGGCUCACCGGGCUUUCGGCUCGAAGGAAUAUCGAAAGAAAACGCGAAUACACUUUGAACAGUAAUAUCGUUGCUUGAAUGUUGGAUGUUCGGAUGUUCCUGUAUAACGUCGCGGCCUCGGGAUGAGGGAAGAAAGGGACAGGUUUUGUAGAUAGGCAGAAUAAAGCAGAGGGAUAGAGGGGGAGUAAACACCACGACGUGGUCCCAAGGCGACGAGUACAUGGCAGAAUCAGUGGGUAAGAGCGUGUAGAAAUAUCAUAAAUGCGGACCGUAACCGGAAAAGGUUUGUUUCCCAGCCGCCAAUCUACCUAUUCGUGCCGGCCAGGUUAUGAACUGCCGCCACCAGCAGGGCUGUCUCUCGCGAUUUGGCUGUAUCUGGUUCUGCGUGCAUGUUGUUCAGUGUAGACAAGGUAUACGUACAAAUGUUGGAGUUGCGGUAGCGCGAGAGUAGACGGGCAUGUGGAAACUGGUAGCAGGAAAGGUCUCCAAGCUAUUCAAGCUAGCGCUGCUGCUACUAUUGCUGCAGCUGGAAGUUCAGCGAGUUUCCCACCGGGUUGGGAGUGCUACAUGUAGUGUUGCGUGUUUAGAAGCUGGCGAUAGAACAUCGCAUAGCCUAGACUAUAUUCAAAAGAAAUUCGUGACUUAUGAGCGUGCAUAUUCAAAACCAAUCGCGGCUUUUCACCGCUGGAGUUGGUCCCGCCCUCCGCUGACCUGAGGCCACGCGACUACACUGCGAAUGAAAGCGUUGUUGUCUCAGAUGUUGUCACGGGCGCACAAACCGUGGUACUUAGACUUUCACCGCCUGCCCGGUUGUCAUGGAAAUAUUGCCAUCGUAGAUCAUGCAUCGUACAUAUCAUAUAUUUCGUUCAUAAAUAACGCAUCUGCAUGCGGGG